AUGGAAGUCAAGGGCAAGGUGGCAAGACGGUGGGAGGAUGUAGCUGCCAAGAAGAAGACUGGCACAUCCCUCAACUUAGUGCCUGGUGUUUCUCGGCACCUGCGUGACGAGCAGGAGGCUGUGCAGAAAAGAACUUUUACAAAAUGGAUAAACUCUCAUCUGGCUAAGCGUAAUCCUCCCUUGGUGGUCUCAGAUCUCUUUGAAGACAUUAAAGAUGGGGUGAUGUUGUUAGCUCUUCUUGAAAUCCUGUCUGGACACAAACUGCCGUGUGAGCAGGGCCGCAAGCUGAGGAAGAUCCACUGGGUUGCUAACGUGGGAAGAGCGCUCAAGUUUCUGGAGGGCAGGAGGUCAGCAUACAGAGGAUCUCCGAUCAAACUAGUUAACAUCAACACAACAGAUGUGGUAGAUGGCAGACCCUCUAUUGUGCUGGGGUUGAUAUGGACUAUCAUCUUAUAUUUCCAGAUAGAGGAGUUGACUAGUCAUCUACCAGCCCUGCAGCCUCAGUCUGGCAGCAACUCUUCAGUGGACAGCUCCAACAGCACCGAGACCAGCAGCCCACCUGUCAAACGCAAGCCUCGCCUUUCUUUUCAGGGUGGGGCCAAGAGAGCUCUGCUCAAGUGGGUUCAGAACACAGCAACAAAGAGAUUGGGUCUGGAUGUGAAGGACUUUGGCCCAAGCUGGCGCACAGGGGUGGCUUUUCAUGCUGUCAUCUUUGCUUUGCGACCCCACCUGGUUAAUAUGGAGCGUGUUUGGAGGAGACCCAACAGGGAUAACCUAGAGGAGGCCUUCUCUUUGGCAGAGAGAGAACUGGGUAUUCCACGGCUACUUGACCCUGAAGAUGUGGAUGUGGAUAAGCCAGAUGAGAAGUCCAUCAUGACGUAUGUUGCACAGUUCCUGAAACAUCAGCCAGACUCCCAUGUGACAGAAACUGGACGACAACAAGAGGAGUUUUAUCUUACUCCUCGAGCCAUUGAAGAAAUGUUAGAGCGAGAGCAGCGUAAGACACUGAGGGAGCUGAAAGCAUGGGCUGAUCAGUUGGAGAGAGACUGUGCUCAAGCGCAGAGGGAUGGGGGAAGUCUUGGUGUGCAGUACCAGAUUUUCAAGCGUUACCGGGUACAGUGUGAGGUGCAGAGAAGACAGGUGGAGACAUGUGUUCAAUCCACUCAGAAGGAUGGCAAGCUGACUGCAGAUCAGGCUCUGGUCAAACAGGCCUGGGAGAGACUGUCUGCAAGGCUUUUGGAUUGGCAUCUACAUCUGGAUAGUGGGUUGCCAGAUCCUCUUGGUGAGGUUGGUGUGUGGCUACAUCAGGCAGAGAAGCUUUUACAAGAGGAGCUGGUUCCUCAGCAAGCCCAUGAUGAGACCGCCAAAGCCAUUCACAAAAAACGUCUACAUGACCAGGAGAUCUUAAGACUCCUUGAAGGACAUAAGCAGACUGUGCAGUUAAUACACAGAGACAGAUGUGUCAAUAAUGUCCCCAUUCCCAUGGAACAACUACAAGAUAUGUCUGAGAGACUGAACUACAUAUCUACCUCCUCACAAGUUCACUUAAGCAAACUGGAAUUCUGGGAGACAAAAUAUUGUAUGCUGGCAUUUUUGACACUAGCUGAGUCCAAGCUCAAAUCCUGGAUCAUUAAAUAUGGCCAACAGGAGUCAAUGGAGCUUCUGCUGCAAAGCUAUAGUUCAUUUGUGGAGGGACAGCAGUUCUUUGAGAAGUAUGAAUCCAGCCACCAGGCUCUGAUACAAGCUGCUGAUCUUUACAUUAAAGCAGACAGUUCAGUAGAGGAAGGGGUAAAGCUCUUCCUGCGAGAGGUGUCUGAUCAGUGGAGGAGUCUGUCAGUGGAGGUGCGGAGCGUAAGGUCCAUGCUGGAGGAAGUGCAGUGUAACUGGCUUAGAUAUAACAGCAGCGUGGCCUCAUUGCAGGCCUGGCUGGAGGAUGCCCAGGGAGCUCUCAGACAACCUGAGAACACCAAACGGGAGUUUUUUCGAAAUCUUCAACACUGGAUGGAACAGCAUGCUGCUAUGAACAAUGCGGGAAACUUUCUUAUUGAGACCUGUGAUGAAACAGUGACACGAGAUGUAAAGCAUCAGCUUUUGCUUCUCAAUGGACGAUGGAGGGAACUCUUUCUAAAUGUCAAACAGUAUGCCCGUCUUCCUGAUACUCAUAAUGUGAGGGAACAUCAGGACGUCAGCUUAGCCUUACAAGAGUUUCUGGACACCUCUUUUAGCAAACUUACCUCACCACUGCAAGUGUCAUUGCUGGAUGUCAAAGCCUUUAUGCAGGAUGUUGAGGAUAUCAAGCACAGGCUGCCUUCUAUGGAAACACAAUAUAAGGCUCACUCUGUCCAUCUUCUGGCCAAAGACUGUGUUCAUGGUGGUGGAACUAAAGCAGUCUCUACUAUAACAACAAUCGAAACACAGCUCCAUCAGCUGAAAGAGAAGUGUCCUUUAAUCCUGAGGGAGUGCCAGGCUCUGUUUCCUUGGUUAGAAGAGCUAGAGAAGCAAAUCUCAGCUUUCUAUCAGACAGCAGAGCACGCUGGACACAUCAUCACCCAGCAACACAACCACGAAAUGUGCCAGGAGCUACAGACCCAGCAGCAGAACUGUAAACACUGUGUGUGCGCUUUGGAGCGUAGUUACCUGUCCCUGCAGAGGGCGCUGUGCUGUUCGAAAUCACUACACAAUUUUGACAUAUCUCUUCUGCAGAACAGAAUAACAGAGAUUCAGACCACUGCACAGGCUCUGAUGCAGGAGGCUUUAGAAUGGAGGCAGGUGGCUGAGACUAACGGCAACCUCAUGCGGCGGUUCGAGGAGUCUCGCACUGAUCUGGAGAAGGCACUGCGGGUGGGCCAGGCCUGUUUAAAGGAAAGGGGAGACCCAGAUGAGCUGUUCCACAAACAUAACGAGUUUUUUGGGCGACUGGACCAGCACAUUUUGAGUGCUUAUUUAAAGGCAUGUGAUGAUCUCACUGACAUCAUCUCUGAGGAAGACCAACAGGGUCUUCGAGAGACAAUCAGAACACUGCACAAACAAUGGAAGGACAUCCAAGCUGAGGCCCCCUCCCACCUGCUCAGACUCCGGGUGGAAACAGAGAGGCGUUCGGUGAUGACUGUAUUACAGGACUGCAGUGUAGAGCUGAAAAGAGAGGACAAGGCCCUGCUCAUGGCCGGCAGUGAAAAUGUGAUCAAAGAACACAGGGCAUAUUUCAGAGAAAGACACCCACUGUCAGUAUGUGAGAAGAGACUAAAGACAAUGAUGCUGCUCUGUCAAGAUCUACCAGAAAAUGACCCAGGCCAUCAAACUCUAAUUGAGACCAGAGAACAUCUUUCAGAGGUCAGGAGUUUAGUGGAGAGAACACAUGUGAGACUACAACAGCACCCUGACAAAUGGAAAGAGUGGCAUGACAGAUUCAGUGAGCUGUCUGGAUGGCUGCUCUCCCAGCAGACAUCGCAGAGCGGUGCUGAAAUCACCACUGUCCAGAUGCAGCAUCGGGCUGUAAAGGCUCAGGGCCCAAAUCUGGGUUGGCUCAGAGCACGUCUCGCUGUGUUGGAGGAGAUAAGUCUUGAUAGUGAAGUUCACACACAAAGAGCGGCUCUUGAUAAACUCUCACAACAGUUUUCUGAACUGCUGUUUUCUCUGUCUGAGGAGGGCCCUGUUGCAGUGAACCAUGAGAGGAGUGGAGAGGAGGUGCAAGAGGAGGCUCAUGAGGAGGAGGUGAUCCAGACACAGGAGCACAGAAGAAUACUGAGUACAGAGAAUGUAACAGAGGCCAAACAGCUGCUCCUUAUUCACCAGGCAAAAUUAAAGAACCAAUGGGCAAAAGAGGCUGUAAGAUCUGAGAGGCUUUUCAGUAAAGAAGACUGGGCAGCUCAAGAGAAACGCCUGCAGGUCAAUGUGAGUGCAUGGCAGGAGUUUGAACAGGACGGACAGGCCGUCCGGCAGUUUGUGUGUCAUGUCAGUUCUGUCCUGCAGAGGGAGUUCAUCUUUAACAGCCUGGAGAGCCUAACUGCAGAACUGAAGAAUGUUAAAGGGAUUUAUGAGCAGAGUAAUGCAUUUGCUGUACGGACUGAGUCCCUGGUAAAGAAGGCAAUGGACAUCAAGCUUUGCCCUGAGAAUCAGUCCUUACUGCAGGAUCAAGCCCAGUCCAUAAAAGAGAAAGUACAGGAGAUACAGGCCAGCCUUGUGAAAAUCAUGUCAGAUCUGGAGAGGGUGCACAGAUGGUGGCAAAGUUUCAGCCGUGAGUCUGUGGCUUUUGUCUCCUGGGUCUGUGAAAGUAGGCGGGAGCUUGAAGCUGUCAGAAGAACCUCUGCCAACUUGGAUGAGCAGAUCCACACCAUUGAGCUGUUGAAGGAGAGCUUAGUGGAGAAGAUGGAGGUCUUGAGGCGAUUGGAGACAGAAUUUCAGAUUUUAAUCCGUUUCAUCAUGCCAAAUGAGGCAGGGCGAAUUAAAGCUCGUCUGAUGCAGAUUUUGAGGUACCGGGACGAGUUUAAAGACAGCGUGGAGCAAUGUGAGGCGGAGCUUCACUCUAGCUUGAAAAACACAAAACAAUUUACCCAAGAUCUCAAUAAGGUGGUAGGUUUGCUGAAAGAACUACAGGAAAAACUGAACAUGCCAAUUACUUCCUGCACAUCAGCAUCAAGAACAUAUAAAUGUCUACAUGAACAUAUGGAUGUACUGCAGCAUCUACAGCAACUGGGGCCAAAACUAAUGUCUUUGAGUCUGGGCUUAAGGAGGCUAUCUGAUGGAGAAGAGCUGGAGAAAGAUGUAGCUGAGCUUCAGCAAGCUCACACAUUACAUACCCAGCAAGCCACUGAAAAACAAUCAAAACUAGAAAACCUGUUGACUCUGUGGCAGAGAUAUGAGAGAGAUCUCUCACUUCUGCAGUCCUGGUUGAACAGGUGUGAAACUCUAUGCAGAUCUGAUUCUCCUUAUCUGACCACAGACAUAGCAAAGCUACACAGCCAGCUUCAGACACUGCAGGAAAUACAGUCAGAGUUUCCCUCUCAGGAGUCUUUGUUGGGUAGUAUGGAAACCAGGGCAGAGUCUCUGUACUCUUCAGCUUCAGAGGAAAGAGCUGCAGAGCUUAAAGAUCUUCACUGCAACCUGGAGGAGAGGUGGUGUUCUCUCAGUACCAAUAUACCACACAGGAUUCAAGAACUUCAGUCCCAUCUUGCUCAGUUGGAGCAGUUCAGUCAGGCCUCACUUGCUCUGACUCAGUGGAGUGAAAACUUCCUCAGGCACAUUCAAAACACUUGCAAAGUCAGCAUCACUGAUCUAAAGUCUUCUGAUGCUAAAAUCAAGGAGGACAUGGCCUCCCUCCAGACCCAGGGAAGGUUAGUGGAGGCCCUACAGCCACAUAUAGAAGCCCUCAGCCAAUCUUUAGCUCCAAAAGACCUACAGCAUCUCCAGACCAGGAAGGAGGACUGUCUUCAAUUCUUCACUGAAGCUCAGAGUUUAGUAGAGCAUCGAGAUGAAGCCCUACUCAAUCUCAAAGCCUUCAGUGAGGCCUAUAACAAUGGCAAAACUACUUUACAGACAUUCCAGGAAGUGGCUGAAGGAAAAGGGAGCUGGGAUCACUCUAAAGUCAUGGACAUAAAUCAGGAACUUGGAGACCUAGCCAAGGAGGUAGCGUCUCUGGAGGUGCAGGCCAUUAGUUUGGACAUCAUCCUCAACAAGGCACACUUUCAUCUACAGGAGGUGGAGGGGGAAAGAACAUCAUGCAGAGGACUGGUGGAUGAUGUUGCAUUGAGUGUGCAGGCGCUACAGAGGAGCAUUGGGACAAAGCAGAGUGAGGCAGAGGCACUAGCAACCAUGUGGAGUUCCUUUAAGGGACGAAAGGAGCUGCUGCUUAGGAGUCUGGCAGAGCUGGAGGACAGAGCCAGAUUACCGUGGUCUACAGAGGCCAGCACACAGGCUUUUCAGCAGAGGCUAUGGAUGCUCAAGCAGCUGGAGGAAGAGCUACAGGCCCUACAGCACAGUCAGCUAUGGUUGGGAGAAAGAGGAGAACAACUGGCCCACAGAGACUCCGAGCUGGGUGGGGAAGCCCAACGGGACGUAGCCUUGGUCCAAUCAACCUGGGAGAGGAUUAGAGGGAUUAUUGCGGAGGACCAUGACCUGUGUGGGAUACUGCUGGAGCUCUCUAGGGACUACCAGACCCUAAGAACCAAAGUCAACUCUGUCAUAGAGAGAGCUCAUACCAUUACCACGGCCCAGUCUGACCCACACAACCCAGAGGACAUCCGUAGAGCUCUGUCACGGCUGGAGGUGGUAAGACCAGAGUUGGCAUCCACUCAGGACGACCUGAAUAAACUUAUUGGUACAGGCAAACGCCUCACAACUGUGUUGAGGAAGCUGCCAGAGGAAAGCUCUCAGUGUGACAAUGAAAUGGAUGCCAUUGUUGAUCAGUGGCUGGAUAUCUCUGAAAGGAUGGAUGCAGACAUCAGUUUAUUGACAUGUUCGCUUGAGCUGUGGAAUGAGAUUAAUAAAAUAGCUAAUGACAUAGAGUGUUGGAGUGCCAUCUCUGUCAGUGAGCUUAGUGAGGGUACUGCCAGUCUCCUGUCCACUCAUAACAUGGAGGAGCGCCUCACUGAGUUUAAGCUGGAAUUGGACAGUAAGAAUGAGGAAUUGAAGAUUGUACAGGAGAAGAUGACUGAGCUACAGGAACUGAUUAAAACCCAGCACACACACAAUGAAUUGCAGGUGAUGGCAGCAGAUCUGUGGAAGCAGCUUUCCCAUGCCACAGAGGUGUACGAACAGGUUAGAGCCAUGUAUAAAGACUUUAACUCCCAGAGGCAGCAGCUACAAGACCUCAUUUCCCAGAUUUCAGAGCAGUUGAAGACCUCAGAGGACUCGCUGUCAGAGAUUUCAACAUCCUCUGACCCAAAUAAUGUUUUUAAGAUUAAGGAGAUUGAGAGGUUGCAGAAACAGUUGGAGGUGAGUCUGGAUGUUGCAGGUGAGUCUCUCAGGGCUCUGUGUAGAACAUACCCAUCUCAGCAACUGACACUGUUGGGUGAUGCCAUCUCUUACCUGGUCAAGAGGAAUGAGGACGUGACUCAUCGCCGCAUCCAGAUACUGGUGUCUCUUCAGGACACUCUACUGCAGCACUUUAAUGAGAAAGCACAUGCUUUCCACUCUUGGCUCUCUGAGCUGAGGGCAGGAAUUGAGGACUGCUUUGAGCAAACAGGAGAUGCUCUUGCCAUUUCAUCCAAGCAACAGAAGCUUAAGACUGCACUAGAGGAAGUGGUGGAGGUUGAGGAGCAGUUGGCCAGGUUGUGUGAGGAUGGCGAGAGACUCUUGUUGCAUUUGAAUAAAGGUAGCACCAGAGGCGUGCAGGAGCGAAUGGACUCCUGUCAACAUGCCUUGGAUAUGUUUGUUGCGGAAUGUAGACAGCGACAUCUGUCCCUGGAAGAAAGUGCCAACCUGUUAAACCGGUAUGAAACACGUGUAGUGGAGCUGAGAGACUGGCUGCAGCAGCUGGAGGCGAGACUAAAGACAGAUGCUCCUCUGUGGGGUGAGAGUAAGCCAGAAGCCCCUGACUGUUCUGAAGAGCUGAAAAGAGCAGAGGAAGUCCACAGAGAGCUGCUGAUGAGGAGGGCAUCUCUUGAACAUCUGUGUCAGUCCUCUCUCACUCUGAAAAAGGGAGGAUCUGGAUCGGAUCAGAACAGUGUGGCAUCAGAGUUACUCUUAAACUAUGAGGCUGUGCUGCAGAGGGCCAGAGGUCAACUCCGUAGCCUGCAGGAGUACCAGGUGUUCGAAGAGGCGCUAAAGGCAGUGGAAGCCUGGCUAGAGGAUGUUGAGGGGAAGUUGGAGAAACUGGAGAACACAGAAGGGAAUAAAAAGGAGGUGGAAGAGAAACUGGAGCAAGCACAGGAUAUCCUGCUUAUGAAGGGAGAGGGCGAGGUGAAGCUCAACAUGGCCGCUGGGAAGGCAGAACUGGUCAUCAAGAGCAACGUAGAGAUGGAUCGUGGAGUGAUCUGCUCUAAGCUUCAAGAAGCUGAAGAUGCAUGGGCGGCACUGCUUUUAAGAGCCAUGAGUUGCCACAGUCGAUUGGAGUGGACUGUUAAUCAGUGGGAUUUGUUUGUGGAGUCUCGAGCGCAGCUGCAGAGAUGGCUGGAGGCAGUCGGGCUGGAGGUUAAAGGUCCUCUUGAGCCCCAACUAGGACUAAGGGAGAAACGAAAGCAACUGGAGAGAUUUCGCUUGCUGUCAUCAGAUGUGGAGGACCACCAAGGAGCGCUGUGCUAUCUGGAGGAGAGUGCGGCCGAACUGUACAAACGCACUAGAGACCCCGUCUUUAAAGAGGAAGAAAUGGUUCUCCUUAGGGCGCAAUUUGAGGAUGUCAAAGCUGCAGCAGAGGAGAGAGUCAGACUCUCAGAUGAUGUUGUCCUUGAGCAUAAGAAGUACAUGGAAACAAUCAGGGAGCUCACUGAUUGGCUCAUUGUGGUGGGGGAGGAACUUCAGCAGUGCUCUGACCCAUCUGGUGACUCUCCCACCUUAAGUCAGAAGUUGACUGAAAUCCGGGACCUAUUGGAGCGCGGCGCGUGCGAGGGGCGCGAGCGGCUGCGGCGCGUGCGGCUGAGCGCUGAGAGAGCAGGAAGGCACACGGCGGCGGCGGGCUGCGAGCUGAUGGAUGGAGAGGUGGCGGCUUUGGCUCGAGCCCUGCACCAGUGGGAGGGAGCAACGCUACGAGCUCGCGACGCCCUGGAGACGGCUGUGGCCGCGGCGUCAGGGGCCGAGCUGGAGCAGACGCGGCUGACAGCGCAGUUGGAGGGAGAAAUAGAGAAGCUGGAGGGACAACUGAAGGAGUGGAGCGAAGGACUGAGCAGCGCGGAACGGAGGAAUAGCGGAGCGGCGGCGGUUGAGGGAUGGACGGUCGCCAAGGGUGUUCUGGAGGGGCUUCAGGCAGCUGAAGUUAUGGAGGAGAAGCUGAAAGCGCAGCUCAAUGAGCUGUAUGGGUUUUCCAGUGAUCUGGGUUCUCAGUCGGACAGAAUCAGCGCUCUUAUCAAGCUACACAACAGUCUGAGCCUGCGUGCCUCCCGGGAGUGUCAGAAUAAGGAGAAACUGCUGGAACAGCGCUUCCGUUCUUCUCUACAUGACUUCCGUCAAUGGAUGGUCAAUGCCAACAUUUCCACCGCCAAAUGUUUUGACUCUCCUCACAGCAUCCAGGAUGCCUCCGCCGCUAUACAGAGGAUCCAGGAGUUCAUGAGUGACAAGGAGCAGGGCCAGGCCAGAUUAAACACCAUUCUAUCAUAUGGAGAGCAGCUCAGUAGUGUUGUGGCUGCAGACAGGGUGGAGGCGAUCAGCGCCAAAUCGAACACAGCCAGAGAUGACUGGAGAAGCCUGAUGGAUAACUUACAGAGAAGAGAGAUGGCCUUACAGGUCUUGCAGUGCCAGAUGCAGGACUUUGAGGCGAGUGUGGAACCCCUGCAAGACUGGCUGAACAGAACUGAGAUCAGUGUACAGGAGAGCAGUGCUCGCCUACAUGAUCUGUCUGCCAAGAGACUAGAGCUCUCCAAACUUCAGACGUUGUUGGAGGAGAUAUGCUCCAGAGAGUCUGAACUGGCAGGGCUGAGAGGAAGAGCACAUGGGCUCUGGGAUGGUCAGGGUGCUGGGAAGAGCUUUGUGCAUCGGGUCUGUCAGCUGGCUGCAUGCUACUUGGCCCUGAGCAACCUGAUUAAGGAAAAGGUUUCCAGGGUAGAACGAGUGGUGGGGGAGCAUCAGCUUUUCUCGCAGGGCUUGCAGGAACUUCAGAACUGGGUUUCAGAGUCCCAACAGGUACUCAAGACCUGCAGAUCCCCAACAUCUGACAAGAGUGUGCUUAUCACCAGAAUGGGCCAGCUCGAGGCUCUUCUGACAGCUUGUCAGGGCAGAGAAAUCCAGCUGAAGAUGCUCCUUACCAGAGGGGAGUCUGUCCAGAGGAACACUUCAGCUGAAGGUGUACCAGUGGUACGCAAGCAGAUCCAAGACCUCAAAGACUCCUGGGAUUCACUCCUGUCAGCAUCUAUACAGUGUAAAAGCCAGCUUGAGGGUGCCUUGUCACACUGGACCAGUUACCAGGAGGAUGUCAGUCAGUUUGAGUGCUGGAUGGAGCGAGUGGAAGAGAGUCUUGGAAACUCAGACAAACACUAUGCUGAAAUGAGGGACAAGACAGCCAAUCUGGGCCGUGCCAAGCUCCUCUAUGAGGAAGUUCUUAGCCACUCCAGCCCCUUAGAGACCAUUGCUACCAAGGGUUCCAACAUUGUUGAACACACAGCCACCCAACAGGAGAUCCAGAAACUCAAUGAGAGAUAUACAGCCAUCAAAGAUAAAGCAAAGGCUGCUGUCAGUAAAGCAGAAGAAUUAGUUUUGCUUCACCAAGAGUACCAGCGAGGACUGCACAUGUUUGAAGACUGGCUGGAGCAAGAGCAGAGCAGUUUGGCCCUCCUCUCACCCCUGGAUGAAGAUAUAAAUGCUCUGGAAAACACUUUAAAAGAAUUGCAGAUGCUCCAGUCUCAUUGCCCAAAGGGACAUAACUUGCUCAGCUCAGUUCUUGCCAGUCGAGACAGAGUCAUUUCAUGGGGUGCCCCUCAAAUUGAGGAUCGGGCCUUGGAAACUGCAAAGACAGAAUGGCAGGGGUACCAAGACCGGCUUGGGGAGACCAAAGUCCAUUUAGAGCAGGCCCUCUCAAGGGUGCAGAAGCUGGAGGGUCUAUUCCAAAGCUUGGACCAGUGGCUGGUAGACAUGGAGUUUAAAGUUAGGGUGAGAAGUCAUCGGCGCUCUGAUAUCACUACAAAGGAGGCCCAGCUGCAGCACCUGAAGUGGUGGCAAAUGGAGGCUGUUCAGCGUCUGGGUGAUCUGGAAGGCCUCAGUGCUCUUGCUCAGCAGGUUGUAGAGGAUGCUCAUGUUAGUGGUCGUGUCAGUGCAAGGGUUACCCAGCACACUGCCCGCUACCAUGCCUUGCUUCUUCGGAUACAGGAGACCCUCAAACAGCUCCAGGAGGAGUUGCAGAGCAUCACAGAGGCUGACAAUGCUCUCAGGAUCUUCUCUGAUUGGCUGAGUGCAGCGAGGAAGAGUUUCAAAAUUGUUAUUGAAAGAAUGGAGGCCCUUGACCACAUUACCAUGGAAAAGAAGAUGAAGAGGCUGGAGUCUAUACAGGGGGAGAUGGAUCAUGGUCACAGCCUACUCAAAACACUUCGAGAGCGAGCAGAGCUAGCCGUUUCUUUCCUGGAUGACCCUGGAGCAUCCAGGCUAGAGAGGGAAGUUCAAACAGGGCGAUCACAGCUUGAAGAGCUUAUACUGGGGCUACGGGAAGAGCAUGCGACCCUGGAAAGGAGCAUUGUGCUCUAUAAAGAUUUCCAAGAAAGAUACAAGGUCCAAAUGCAUUGGCUUUGGGAGACUCGAGCCCUGCUUAGCUCUACUGUAGAACCCAAAGUAGAACUCUACCAGAGAAAAGCCCAGCUGGCCAAGUAUAAGGCUGUGGAGCAGACACUGUUGUCCCGUGAUUCUGCUGUGAACUUCGUGUUAGAGAAAGGAAAAACUCUGAUGACACUCCUCCACUCCCCUUCCAUCACAGACAACAUGGCCAGACUACAGGCGGACUACCAGGAGCUGUGUGGCUCAGCAAAGACCCAUGUUCUAAGAUUGGAGGGUCAGGUGAAGAAACAGGAAGCUUACCACAAAGAUCUACAGGAAGUAGAGCGUUGGCUACUACAGAUGUCCAGCAGAAUGGUGACUCCUGACCCAUCAUCAAGUGGUGGACUUGAAGCCGCCACUCAGCAGCUAGCGAGACAUAAGGCUAUUAUGGAGGAGAUAGCAGGCUUUGAGGAGCGUCUGGCUACACUGAAGGAGAAGGGAGAGGGUCUGUUGUCCGGCUGCGGUGUGCGCCUCCAGGCUCGCCUUCGCCAGCAAAUUCAGAACCACCAGCAGGGUGCAAGAGACAGCUACUCUGCCAUCUGCAGCACUGCCCAGCGUGUGUAUCAGAGUCUGGAUCGGGAAUUGCAGAAGCAUGUAAGUGCGCGGGAUACUUUGCAACAGUGUCAGACAUGGCUUGGAAAUGUACAAAUGGAUAUACAACUUCCUGUGCAGGCACCACACUGCCUACAGGAGGCACUAACACAGAUGAAGCAGGAUCGAACUCUACAGGAGCAGGCUAGCACCUUUUUGCAGCUGGUGUGCUCUACCUGUGAUCUGUCUGAUGAGAAUGUGCGAGAAAAAGCUACUGAGAUACAGCAGGUCAAACUUCAGAUCGAGGAGAGGAUGUUGGAAUCUCAGGAUCUAGCGGACAACUGGAGAGAGAUCAAGGACUUCCGAUCUAACCUUGAAUGUCGUCUCCUUGAGGCUGAACAACUCCUCCAGAGCAUGUUGAGGAGGCCAGCUGAGCUCGAGCCAAAGGUUGCUCAGAACCAGCUGGAACAGGCUCAGGACUUUAUCCAGGAGAUACGAGCCAGGCAGGUUGAUCUGACCCAGUUAAGAGAAAGCAUUAAUAGGCUAGCGGCUGGUCAGGAGUCCCCCGAGCUUAUGGAAGUUGGGCGUCUGCGCUGUGCCUGGCUGGAUCUGGGCAGACAGGCUGCACAGAUGCUGGAACAGAAAGAGGAGGAUCUACAGAGGAGUGGGGACUAUCAUGACUGCAUUUGUAUGGUGGAGGAGUUGUUUGACCAGCUGUCCAGAAAAUGGGAUCAACUGGCCAGGGGAGACAUUGAGAGCACAGCUGAGUGCCUGGAUGCCUUGAAGACGUUAUCCACAGACCUUAUGGACCAGAGAUGUGUGCUGGAUGACCUGAGAAAUAAUAGGCAUGGGAUCCUGCCUCGUCUGAGCUUGGAGGACCGGGACCUUGUUAAAGAGCAGGUGGGUUAUCUGGAGCAACGUUGGACUCAGGUAGAAUCGCUUGUCCAACAGAAAAUCCAAGAUUCAUCCAAAACACUGGAAGAAUUGAAUCAACUGGAGGACCAUUUGCGAGAGGCACAAGAGUGGGCAGAGCUGCAGCAGCCAUCCCUCUCUGAAGUGCUUAAGACCAGUCCCCCAGCAGAUUUGGCCCAAAGCUUUCUGUUUGAUCACUUGAGCUUUUGUGCAGAACUGGAGGCCAAGCAGAAGCUUCUGGCGGAGGCUGUGACAGAUGCCAGCAGCCUUUCCUCUCGUCUAGGUCUUAAUGAGAGGAGGAAACUCCAGACUUUGGUCCAAGAAGCACAAGCAGAGAUAGAAGCACUUGGAGCUAAGGCAGCCCAGUAUCGUAAAAGCCUUAGUAAAGUAUUUACAGAACGAACACAGUUCCUCCAAGCCCUGGACAGGGCAGCGGAAUGGAUUAAAAAGCAAGAGCAGAGGGCUCUUGCAGAUGAUCAUGUUGCACUCUUACCAAACAUACUGCACAAACAGGUGUCUUCUUGUAAGAAUUUUACCAGCAGCCUUAGAGCAUAUCAGAUGGAGCUGACAUCACUUUGGACACAGGGACGAGAAUUAGUGAAGGAUGCAACAGAGGAGAAGGAGGAAACCCUUCAGAAGCUGGAGGAGUUACAAGCAACCUUUGAGGCCUCCUUGCAGAAGAGCACAGAGCAUCUGCAGUAUUUAGAGAAAGCGCUAGUCAUUCGAAAGUACUUCAUAGUGGACCUGGACAAAAUCUGUGACUGGCUGAAACAGGCAGAGGUGGCCACAUUUCCAAUUAUUUACCAAAGUGUCAAUGAUGAGGGCCUUCAGAACCAGUUGACCAAGUACCAGCAGCUUCUGGAUCAAGCUUCAGAGUAUGAGAAUCUUUUGCUUAUUGUCCAAAGAGCAGGACAGGAGAUUCUUCCCACCUUAAAUGAGGUGGACCACUGCUACCUAGAUGAGAAACUUAAUGGCCUGCCACAACAGUACAAUGACAUGCUGUUGUUAAUCAGAGAGAAACGCGAUAGGAUUCAACAAGUGUUUUUGGAACGCAGGGAAUUUGAGUCACUUAUAUAUGUUACACGGAAAGCUUUGGAGGAACUGCAGGAGAAGUGUGAUGCUUUAGAGAAUCAGGCAGCCAACCAAAGCCUUGAGGAGGGAGAAAGAUUAAGUAGCAGUUACGAAGAGCUACUGAAAUGUCUUGCAAAUCUCUUCCAGGGAAUGAAAGAGCUUAGGGGUAAAACUCAGCAUUUCUUAAGCAUGGGCCAGCCAUAUGCACCUGAAGUCAUUGACCAGCUAGUUGAUCUCCAUUGCAUGCUCAAUCACCAGAUAGAGUAUAAGAUGAAAGAACUACGUAAACCGCUGAAAAUAUUAGAUGAGCACAGAGUAAUUACUGAAAAAAUGGAUGAUAGAAUGACUUCAUUCAAUGAGCAGCUUGACAAACUUGACUCAGAGGGGGCGUCAGAUGCCAUGGAGAGAUUAUCUACACUAUAUGAGCUAUUAAAAGAUCUUGAAGAAGUUAGUUCCUAUUCAGAGGAUCUCAUAGCACAGACAGAGGACCUCAACCAGCACUUUGACUCAGAGACCCUCAAGACUCAGGUUGUCUUCAGGGAGGAACAAGUUCUUACCUUAAAGCAAAGGGUAAAUGCACGCAUAGAAGAGUGUGAGAGAGGUUGUAUGGGAAAUAAGGAUUUUCAAAUGGAUAUCAAAGCAUUAGUAGAGUGGAUCAAAAAUCUUAGGGAUCGAUUAAGAUGUCCAUUAACGUUUGAAGAGACAAACAUUGAGAUUGUGCAGGAGGAGGUCAGGACACUGUUGGUACUUCAAGAAGAAAUAAAAUCUAGGUUUAGGGUAUUAGAUGCUAUAACUUAUGAAGAGAAACAGAAGUACAUGAAAGACCAACAGCCGUUACCCAAGCACUUUGAAACCACUUUAAUGGAUAUUCCAAAGCUGAAGACUGAUGUUCAACAAGCUUUCAACACCAAACAGGUGGCCUUGCAGUCAGUUCUUUCUUUGCUUCAGAGAUACCAUCGUUCCUUACAGUCUAUCCAGCAGUGGUUUGAGGAUGCUGGUGCUCUACUUGAGCCAGCCCCCCAUGAGGUAGACCUAGAGAAACUUUCAGAUUAUCUCGAAGACUUCGAAAAAGUGAUAGCCCGGGAACAAACUUUUAAGAGUAUCAUGCAGGAGAUGCAGGCUCUGAUCCCUCAAAUGGAUGACUUUUUGAGCCCCACUACUAUGAAGCAAAUCCAGCAACAUUAUGUGGAGUCUUCCCGCAAGGGCUCAGAGGUUCUUGAGCAGCUAAAACAUCAUCAGGACAGCUUGAAACGAUGCCUAGCUCAGUGGAGAUCCUUCCAAGAUGAGAUAGAUGAAGUUAUCAGGCAGAUGAGUGAAGUUGAGAAGAUGAUGACAGAGUUCACAUCUGCCAAUGCAAACUCUCUACAAGAGGCUGAAGAGAAGCUCGGAUUAUACCAGGGAAUUGUGUCACAGGUUCAUGGUUUUGAAGACACACUGAAUGGACUGAAAAAACAAUCUGCACAGUUUGAUCAGCUUGUCUUAAAUUACACUAUUACUCAGUCAGUCCAUUCACUGGGCCAUCGGUGGACUCGGCUGUACAGUGUUACUAGAGCUCAAGUGAAAGCCCUCAAGGACUCUGCACAUAACUGGAGAUGCACCAGGGAGAAGCUGGAGAAAAUGCGAACUGUGUGUGAGGACCUGCACAGCCGUGGUCCUGACAGCAUGGUGGAAAAAGCCUCCAGCAUGGCAGCCCUACACAGUCUGCUGGAGUACUAUGACUCUUUCAGUCAAGAGGUGGAGAGAGAGAUCAGCGCCUUGACCCUCCUCAGACACCAUGUGCGCAGCCUGUUCCUCCAUCAUCACACUGCAACACCCUGCAAGGACAAUCAAGAGACCCCCUGUCUGCUGGAGAUUCAAAGCAUUCAGGAGAAAUAUGACAAUCUGUUGCAGCAGGUGUGUGCCAGCAGGCAGCAGGUGCAGGUAGAGCUGUUAGAGAGGGAGGAAGUGGUGAGGGAGUUGGACCUACUGAAAGGCUGGAUCCAGGAUACUCAGGGACUGCUGCGGAGCCCCACACUAGACCUGGACACCCUGCUUAUUGACCUGAAGACGGCUCAUGGAGGCAUGCAGUCUCAUCGGCAGACCCUUAAGCAGAUUGCAGACCGUCAACAGAUGAAAUACCAGGACCUCCACGCUACCCUUCCUUCUGAGAUCAUCACCCAGCUGGCAGAGGUCACACUGGCACUGGGUUCAGCAGAAGAUCAGGUGCAGGCAAGAGAAAGAGAGGUCAAACACAGCAGAGAUAUUAAAGAAGACUUUAACACCAGACUUCAGGAUAUCUCCAAGAAAGUCAAACUCAUCUCUUUGAAGCUCAAGCAGAAGGCUGUUGAUGUUGAGGAGGCUAAAGAGGAGACAGAGAUUCUGUUUGAGGAGCUGGAUGAGUGUGGUCAUGCUCUGUCUGAGCUAGAUGUGGCAGUGCAGGAGUUUGGUGAGCAGAACCCUCUCCUGGCCAAGCAACUGGACUCCAGCCUCAGCAAAAUGACUGAGCUUCAUGCCCAGACAAGUAGGCUGGCAGAGGGAAGAACCACAGGUCUUCAGAAGGCAGAGAAGAACUUUGAAGAAUUUAAUGAAAUGCUGACAUUAACUCUCAACUGGACAGAAAAAGCAGAGACUGUGGUCUCAGACAACAUCAUCUGGAGUCCAGCCUCUCAGAUGCAGGAGCAAAUCAGAACCCAUCAGGCCUUACUGCAAGAAUGGCAGGACCUCCAGGGAGAAUUUGAGGGUCUGGUGGAGAGGGUGGUACUUCUGGGGGAGGUAGUCCAGACAGAUGCUCUGCACCAGCAGGUGGCAGAACUGAGCAGACAUGCUGAAGAGCUGCAGCAGAGAGCCAAAUCCAGACUACUGAGCCUACAGGACGCAGCCAAGGAUCUGGGGAGACUGGAGAGUGAUGUGAAGUGCCUCCAUCAGUCUAUAGAGAGAGUUCAGGAGACUCUGACCUCUCCUGAUCUGGCUUGCCUCAGCCUCAGGGAACAGCUGGCCCAGAGACAGCUCCUGUUGUCAGAGAUGGAGGGUCUCAAGCAGCUGGUGCAAGCGAUGCAGAUGUGUCAGAGUGCCCUCCGGCUGCCAGAGGAGGUAAUGGCAACGUUGCCACUCUGUGUUACUGCGCAGAGUCUGCAGCAAGAAAGCAGCCAUCUCCAACAUAACACCAUUCAGCAGUGCAAUAUACUACAGGAGGCCUUGGUGCAAUAUGAGCAAUAUGAACAGGAAGUGAAGAACCUACAGAGACUUAUUGAAGAGGCACACCGUGUCAUUCAGGACCGCCCCGUUGCCACAGGAAACAUACAGGAGCUUCAGACACAGAUUCAACAUCAUGAGGAACUGGCCCUGAAGAUAAAAGGCUACCAGGAGCAGAUCUCGGCCCUGAACUCUAAGUGUAAGAUGUUGACUGUGAAGGCAAAGCAUGCUACAAUGCUGCUUACGGUCAGCGAUGUUGACGGCCUCUCUGAUGGGCUGGAGGAUCUGGAAGAUGAAGAGGAGGAGAUGCCCAAACACCCACCAACACACCCCUCUGUUGUCAUGAUGACAGCAGGCCGUUGUCAUACUCUCCUCUCCCCGGUCACAGAGGAGUCUGGUGAGGAGGGCACCAACAGUGAGGUCUCCUCUCCCCCCGCCUGCAGAUCCCCCUCACCCGGGAUUAAUGCUGACACCUCUCAGGGUUCAGGACGAGCUCCUCUGAGCAGAGCUCCACUGCAGGAGCUAUUUGACCCAUCCAUGGAGUCAGCUGCCUCAUCAAACCUGGAUGACCUACAGCGCUCUUGGGAAACUUUGAAGAAUGUGAUCAGUGAGAAGCAGAAGUGUCUAUAUGAAGCUUUGGAGAGACAGCAGCACUAUCAGGAGACCCUGCAGUCCGUUUCCACAAAGAUGGAGUCAGUUGAAACUGCACUAAACGAGGGCUUAGAGCCAGGCAAGAGCCCUGAGAGCCAGAUGGCGGCCCACCAAGCUCUAAUGGAUGAGAUCCUAAUGCUCCAGGAUGAGAUCAGUGCACUGCAGGCCUGCUUCUCUCAGGAGCUGCAGUUGGAUGAGGAGAGUUUGGAGGCAGAUGCUGGCGACCAGCUGGCCCUGCAGUCAACCCUCACUGUACUGGGAGAGCGCAUGGCCACCAUCCACAUGAAGGCCUCUGGCAAACGCCAACUUCUGGAGGAGCGAUUGAGCGAGCAGUUGGAGGAACAGAGGCAGGAACAAGCGCUACAGCGUUACCAUAGUGAAGCAGAAGAGCUUGACAACUGGCUGCUGAGCACACGUGCCACACUGAGCUCCACUCUACAGCCACACCCACAGGACAUGGACAUGGAGGAACAGCUCAUUGACUGCCAGAACAUGUUACUGGAGAUCGAGCAGAAGGUGCUGUGUCUGUCUGAGCUGUCAGUACACAGUGAGAGUUUACUGAUGGAGGGGAAGGCAGGUACACGGGGGGAUGCUGAGCAGCUUUCCCUCAAACUACAUAGCCUCAAAUCCAGCCUGCUGGAGCUACAGCACAUCCUCCAAGACAAACAGACCCACAUCCAGGGGUCACUUCAGGAACAGGAAGACACUGAAUCAGACUUGUCUCUGUCGCAGAGCCCCAAUAUGAUAGAUUGGCUGAGUCAGGCGAGAUCCACACGUAACCAGCAGCAUCAAGAUACUGUGCAAAGACAAAGGGAAUUAGAGGAGCAGCUUGGCGAACAGAAGAAGUUACUGCAGACCGUGGCAAGUAGAGGAGAGGAGAUUCUCUCACAGAGAACAACACCUAACGAAGAGAGUUCUCCUGCAGAACAGGAUGAUGGUCAUUGGCCUGAGAGCAUGAGUGCAAAGGAUCAAAUGGGAGUCAAAUGGGAAAACCUGAGCAAAGACCUUAACAACAAACUGCAGCUGUCACUAAACACGAUGGAGCAGACGCCAUGUAACACGGUAUACCAGCCAGUGUCCAGCCCAUGUGAACUUUUCAGAGGGGAGCAACUGACUCAGGAAAUCCUGUCACCCAGAAGUCUCUUUGAAGGCUUCAGCCAAGACUUACAGGACUUGCCUCAGACAGGGAGUUCUGACAGUAAGCGUGCUCAUGCUCUGGAGAGGACUCUCUAUGAGGCUGUGUCUUCAGCUUCUUCUUGGCUCGACAAUGCUGAGAAUGAGCUUGUAUCUGGCCCAAUGCUGCUAUCGGAUGACUCAGAAACUCAUUUGGGCCACCUAGAGUCUUUGAGUAAGGAGGUAAAGAAUGUCAGUGAGGAGGUAUGUAGGUGUCGCGAGGUGCUUGGAGGAACAGUGUGGCUAUGUGAUGAAGGUGGAGGGAAUGUUUUGGUUGAGGAGGUGUUAGAUGGUUUGGAGGGGAGACUGAAGAUGCUGGACUCAGUGCUGGAGCAGAGAUGUGAUAGCAUGAAAGACAAGCUGCAGGAACUAUCUGUUUUCCAGACUGAGUUAAGGCUGUUGCUAACUGCUCUCAGUGACUCAAAGUACCAGCUGUUGCAGAAAAUGAAUGCAGCUUUGGAUCGCCCCGCCUCUAAACAGAUAGAGAUUCUAGCAGAAGCGGAGGACAGUCUGAGGGAAUUUGAAAAGAAAGUUUCUGAGAUGAGGAGCGGAGGAGAGUCACUACAGCCGAACCAGCUGUGCACUCGAGAGCUGCUGAAACUACAGGAUGCUUAUGAAAAGCUGGUGGAGAUGGUGGGCUCAAAACGGAGUGGGCUAAACCAGACUUUAGUUGUGAAGGCUCAAUACGAGAGAGCUCUGCAGGACCUGAUAGAUCUGGUAGACACAGCCCAGGACAAAAUGGCUGCUGAUCAGAAGAUGAAAGUGGGCUCAGUGAUUGAGGUUCAGAUCCUCCUAGACAAACACAAGAAGUUUUUCCAGGGUCUGGAAAUGCAUGUCAUGAUGACACAGGCCUUCUUCAAACAAGUCAGUGGGUUAGUGGUGCAGAGGGAGAUCCAGAACCUGGAGGAAACUGUGGCCCAGGCCCAGGCUGUACUUAAACAGGCCCACAAACGAGGAGUGGAGCUUGAGGGCAUCCUGGAGUGGUGGAGUAGGUUGGUUGGUGAUUAUCAAGCCUUGUACAGGCAGCUAGAGGCAGUGGAAAACAGCAUCCCAAGUGUGGGCCUGGUGGAGGAGACAGAAGACAGAUUGAGUGAGAGAAUCACUCUAUACCAGCAUCUGAAGAUUAGUCUCUCUGAGCGGCAGCAGCAGUUGUAUAAGCUGUUGGAGGAUGGGAAGAGACUGCUUUUACAUGUGUCCUGCUCAGAGCUGGAGACUCAGCUCACACAGCUUGGAGACCAUUGGCUCAGCACCACCACCAAGAUAAAUAAAGAGCUACACCGUCUGGACUCCACUCUCAAACACUUGAUCAGGUAUCAGAGUGAGUCAGCUGAGCUUAGCCAAUGGCUAAAUUCAGCACUUGAUCACCUGGAGUUCUGGAGCACUCAGUCUGUUACUGUCCCUCAAGAGCUAGAGACCGUCAGAGACCAUCUUCAUGCCUUCCUGGAGUUCUCUAAAAAGGUGGAUGCCAAGUCGUCUUUGCGCUCCUCAGUUCAGAGCCAAGGAAACCAGCUACUUCGGUUGAAGAAAGUAGACACAGCAGCACUCAGGGCAAACUUGGCCCAGCUGGAAACACAAUGGGCUGAUCUUCUAUCACGUAUCCCUGUGGUCCAGGAGAAACUCCACCAGCUGCAGAUGGAGAAGCUGCCAUCCCGUCAUGCAAUAACUGAGCUAAUGAGCUGGAUAUCCCUCAUGGAGAAUGUCAUCCAGGAAGACCAGCAAAAGAUCAUGGGGGCAGUGGGAUCAGAGGUUGUGCAAACAUACCUUCAGAAAUACAAGGGUUUUCGGAUUGACCUGUCCUGUAAGCAGCUGACAGUGGACUUUGUGAAUCAGUCGGUUCUGCAGAUUAGCAGUCAGGACGUGGAGGGGAAACGCAGUGACAAAACAGACUUUGCUGAACGUCUUGGGGCCAUGAACCGACGCUGGCAGAUAUUGCAGGGUCUAAUUACAGAGAAGAUUCAGGUUUUAGAGAGUCUGCUUGAAAGCUGGUUGGAGUAUGAAAGCGUUGUCCAGACUUUGAAGACCUGGUUCAGUGUACAGGAGGAGAAACUGAAAAAGAAACACAGGAUUGAGGAUGUUUCCUCAGCCCAGAAUGCACUUAAAGAUUGUCAGGAAAUGGAAGUGUUGGUAAAGGAGAAAGAAAAGGAUCUUGAGAAAGCUGAGGAGAAAGGAUGCUUACUUAUCCAGGACAGGAAAGGGGAGACUGUCAUUACGGAGACUCUUAAAGGCCUCAAACACUCUUGGGCUGAUCUGGAUCAUAUGAUCGGGCAGCAGACUGUCAGUCUUCUGGCAGUACUGGAGCAGUGGAGUCUGUAUAAACAAGCGUAUGAGGAGAUUCAGGGCUACCUGAUGGAGGGACGUUACACCAUGUCUCGUCUGCGCCUCCUCACCGGCUCCCCAGAGGCUGUCCAGGUUCAAGUGGAGAAUCUUGAGAGUUUACAAGAUGAGCUAGAGAAACAGGAGAGUAGUUUACGGAAAUUUGGCUCAAUAACUCAACAGCUGCUGAAAGACUGCCAUCCCUCAGUGUCCGAUUCACUCAAUGCAGCACAUGCUGACAUUAAUCUCAGGUGGAACACACUGUUGGAACAGAUCUCAGAUCAGAUGAGGAACAGUAAAGGCCUGCUGCAGCUGUGGCAGCAUUAUAAAGCACUUCAUUCUCAGAGCAACACUGACAUCCAGAAACUAGAAGAACGAGUGGAACAUCUGCUCAAGAGCGCCACCCACAGGGACAUCACAGAACAGGAGGUGAAGGACCUUAUGAAGCCUGAGGGAUCUGUUGAGUCUGUCCUGCAGCAGCUGUAUGAAUUUGCAGAGCAGCUGAGGCAGCAAGUAGACCCCUCUGCCAUGAUAACUUUUCAUACAGACCACCUGUCACUCACUCAGCGCUUAGCAACAGUUGGACACGUCCUCCAAAGACAGCAGUCUCUGCUCGAGGUGGGAUUGAGGGACUAUAAGAGGUUUAAUAAGGAGCUAUGUUCUCUGAGCCACUGGUCAGAAGAAGCUGAGAAGGUUCUGAAGGAACCAGACCCAAUCGGAUCCCCAGAUAUUUCAUCUGUGCUGGAACACAUGGAAAAACUUAAGACCCAAAUGUUGAAGCUGAGCAGUCUUUCUCCUGAUCUGGAACGGUUGAAUGAGUUGGGUUAUCAGCUUCCCCUCAAUGACAAUGAAAUCAAGCAUCUGCAGAACCUAAACAGGAGUUGGUCUUCUAACUCUGCUCGCACAAUAGAGAGAUUCAGUAAACUGCAAGCCCUGGUACUGCAAAGACAGACCUUCUUGGAGAAGUGUGAUGCUUGGUUGAUCUUCCUUAACCAAACAGAGGAAAAACUGGCUGCUGAAAUCUCUGGGAACUACCAGAACCUAUUAGACCAGCAGAGAGAACACGAGUUGUUUCAGGCAGAGAUGUUUAGUCGACAGCAGAUUCUGUACUCUAUCAUCAGUGAUGGACAUCAGCUACUAAACCAGGGACAAGUAGAUGACAGUGAUGACUUUGGCCUGAAACUGGCACUGCUUAGUAACCAGUGGCAAGGUGUGGUGAUGCGGGCCCAACAGAGACGGGGAAUUAUUGACAGUCUUGUUCGUCAAUGGCAGCGCUACACAGAGCUGAUAGAGAAGUUGCACCAUUGGCUGCAAGAAGUUUCGCUAGAACCAGAGGACCAACAGCAGGGGACAACAGUAGCACUACAGCAGAUCCGUGGAAUGUUAGACCACAUACAGCUGAAGGAGCGUGUGCUUCAGAGGCAACAGGGCAGCUACAUCCUCACAGUUGAGGCCGGGAGGCAGCUGCUCCUGUGGGCAGAUUCUAGGGCAGAGGUCUCGCUUCACACUGCGCUCACUGAUGUGCAGGAACGCUGGAGGACUGCUAGCAUCCGUCUCGACGAGAGGAAGAAAGAACUGCUUUCUUUGUUGAGGGUCUGGGACCAGUGUGAGAAAGGAAUUGCUGCAUCACACGAGAAGCUGAAGGACUUUAAGCAAAAGCUCUCUGUGCCUUUACCCGACAACCAUGAGGAGCUGCAUACAGAACAGAUCCGAUGCAAGGAAUUAGAAGGCAGUAUUGAAGGCUGGGCUGAUAAUGUAGCCGGGCUGUGUAUACUGAGAGAGUCUCUCUCCAAUGGCCUCACUGCUGAUGACCUCACAGUCCUACAGGAGAGAAUUACAUUACUGCAGAGACAGUGGGAGGAGACGUGUCAUCAGCUGUCCCUGCGCAGACAGCAGGUGAGUGAGAGGCUGAACGAGUGGGCUGUGUUCAAUGAGAAGAACAAAGAGCUGUGUGAGUGGCUCACCCACAUGGAGAGCAAGGUCUCGCAGAACGGAGACAUCAGCAUUGAGGAGAUGAUCAAGAAACUCAGGAAGGACUAUCAGGAAGAGAUCUCGGGGGCUAAGGAGAACAAAUAUCAGCUGGAACAGAUGGGGGAGAGACUGGCUCAGGCCAGCCCUGAAAGCAAGGCUGCAGAAAUCCAGUACAAACUCAGCAAAGUCAAUGAGCGCUGGCAGCAUCUGCUCGACCUUAUAGCAGCUAGGGUAAAGAAGCUACGGGAGACACUGGUAGCUGUGCAGCAGCUGGAUAAGAACAUGAGCAGUCUGCGCUCCUGGCUGGCUCAAAUUGAGACCGAACUCUCACGACCCAUUGUCUAUGAGACCUGUGACUCCCAUGAGAUCCAAAGAAAACUCAACCAGCAGCAGGAUUUGCAGAGGGACAUCGAGAAGCACAGCACAGGUGUGGCGUCAGUGCUGAACCUUUGUGAGGUGUUGCUACAUGACUGUGACGCCUGUGCCACUGAGGCCGAAUGUGAAUCCAUCCAACAGGCUACACGCAGCCUGGACCGCCGUUGGAGAAACAUCUGUGCUAUCGCCAUGGAGAGGAGGCUCAAAAUUGAGGAGACAUGGAGACUGUGGCAGAAGUUUCUGGAUGAUUACUCUCGUUUCGAGGAGUGGCUCAAAGUCUCAGAGAGGACAGCAGCUCUGCCCAACUCCUCUGGAGUGCUUUACACCGUAGCUAAAGAGGAGCUUAAGAAGUUUGAGGCAUUUCAGAGACAGGUGCAGGAGUGUCUGACCCAGCUGGAGCUGAUCAAUAAGCAGUAUCGGCGGCUGGCCCGUGAGAACCGCACAGACUCAUCCUGCCGACUACGCCAAAUGGUGCAUGAUGGGAACCGACGGUGGGACAUACUACAGAGGAGAGUUGCUGCCAUCUUGCGCAGGCUUAAGCAUUUCAUUGGUCAGCGAGAAGAGUUUGAGACAGCUAGAGAUGGUAUUCUGGUGUGGCUGACUGAGAUGGACCUGCAGCUCACUAACAUCGAGCACUUCUCAGAGUGUGACGUGCAGGCUAAGAUCAAACAACUAAAGGCGUUUCAGCAGGAGAUCAGUCUGAACUUGGGAAAGAUGGAGAGUGUGUUUGGGCAGGGGGAAGUGCUGAUGGAGAAGAGUGAGCCUCUGGAUGCUGCUGUCAUAGAGGAGGAGCUGGAUGAGCUGCAGAGAUACUGUAGAGAGGUGUUUGGUCGGGUGGAGCGCUAUUACAGGAAACUCACUCGUUUGCCGCUAGCCGAUGAUGAGUGUGAAGGCUCAGAUCAUGAAUUUGAGUCUGGUGACUUCUCAGAACUUCAGUGGGGUGAGGAUGGUUCUAUGUCCCAGUCAUCAAGCAGACCACCCUCAGCUAACACAGCUCCUGCUCGUACAAAUUGCUCUGGCCGUGACACCCCUGCCAGCGUCGACUCCAUCCCUCUGGAAUGGGACCAUGACUAUGACCUGGACCCCAUGGGCCAUACCAUGUCUGCCGAGCGGGGGGGACAAAAUAAAGAUGACGAUGAAGAGUUACUGUGUAUCGCCACGGCAGCACUUACAGACGUUGUGAUUCCCGAGAGCCCUGAGGCUUAUAUAAAACUAACAGAAAAAACUUUGAGGUCCUCCUCUGGUGAAGCAGUUCGGUUAUUAGAUAAUAUGCUGGACACUGGCCGUUACAGUCUACAACAAACAGAUGGUGCAGUGGGUGGUCAUGAUACCUCUUACAUGGGCUAUAUGCGAUUAAUGGACGACUGUCGUGGCAGCCUGAAUGCAGUGAAGAGGGCUGAGGUAGAGCUGGAGGAAGAGGAGGAUAACCUGUCAGGACUCAGCAACCCUGACAACACGGAGACACAGAGCACAGGUGUGAUUGAGCGCUGGGAGCUGAUUCAGGCCCAGUCUGCUGAUGUACAUCAUAGACAGAGAGAAGACCUGGUGCUGUGGCAACAGCUGACGUCUGACCUGGACGCCAUGGAGGUGUGGCUCAGCCAGGCUGAGGCAGAGUUAGCAGAACUGAGGGGGAGAGAUCUCAGUACAGAUAUACACACUAUUGAGCAGAAGAUCAGAAAACUGAAGGAGCUACAGAAAGCCAUGGAUUCCCUAAAGUCCAAAGUACUGUCCCUCAACUUAAGUAGCGUUGCACUCCUCCAAUCAGAAUCAGAGAAGAGCCAGGAGCUGAAAGCCAGACUCAAAGACAUGAACACAUACUGGGACCGACUGGGAAAGUCUCUUAAGGAGUGGAGAACAGCUCUUCAGGAUGCUCUUAUGCAGUGCCAGGAGUUCCAUGAGCUGAGUCAUGGUCUUCUGCUCUGGCUGGAGAACAUUGACCGCAGGAGGAAUGAGAUUGUCCCCAUCACAUCGGGGCUAGAUCGACAUACACUACGAGCUCAUUACAGAGCACUGAAGCAAAUUCAUCGGGAGCUGACAGAGACUGAGCAGAGAGUGGAUGGUUUGCAGGAGCUCUCAGUGCAGUUGCUGGUGCAGGCACAUGGGAGUGAGUGUCUGGAGGCCCAAGAGAGGGUGCAUGUCAUUGGGAACCGCCUAUGUCUACUCCUGAAGGCUGUUAGCGCGGAUCUGGAACUGCUAGAAAAAGAGCUUCAGGCUUCUGGGGACAAACAGGAUGCAUCCCUCUGGUCUGUUAUGAACGAGGCAGAUACUUCUGGAUUGGUCAAUCCUGUUUCAGAGGUCAGCAUUUCCACUAAACGACAAUCGCUACGAGGCAAAUGUAGUGUGUCAGAACCAGGAUCCUCAGCCAGACUUCCACGCCGCAGGUUGCCCAGCGUUUCUGGCUGCGCUUUGUCUCAGUCUGGUUCCUCCGGGUCACAAGGUGGCGUUGCUGUGGCUCGCUGCCAGCCAUUUCUGCUGCGAGUGAUCCGGGCAGCUCUGCCACUGCAGCUCCUACUGCUGCUCAUAGUGGGCCUAACCUGUCUGGUGCCCAUGACUGAAGAAGAUUACAGUUGUGCCCAUGCCAACAAUUUUGCCCGAUCCUUCCAUCCCAUGCUGCGCUACACCAAUGGCCCACCACCUGUAUGAGCAGGAU